UCGUUUCGACGUCAUUCCCCUGGAAGAAGAAAAUAUUGUAAACACAAACGGACCUUUUGGUCUUUUAAGGUCCUUUCUUACGUUUUUAUCCUCUAAAGUGGGACACAAUGGCACUGGAAACGGUCCCCAAAGACCUCCGCCAUCUGCGAGCGUGUCUGCUGUGUUCGUUAGUGAAGACCAUUGACCAGUUUGAAUACGAUGGUUGUGACAACUGCGAGUCCUACCUUCAGAUGAAAGGAAACAGAGAGAUGGUUUACGAAUGCACAAGUUCCUCAUUUGAUGGUGUUGUAGCAAUGAUGAGCCCUGAAGACAGCUGGGUGGCUAAAUGGCAGAGAAUAGGCAACUUCAAACCAGGUGUAUAUGCAGUAUCUGUGACGGGCAGAUUACCUCCAGGUGUGGUGAGAGAGUUGAAGAGCAGAGGAGUGAUCUACAAAUCCAGGGACACAGCAGUGAAGACAUGAGUCCAUUUCCUGUUUUUAGUCAUUGGAUUAUCCUCAUUGGAGCUGCAACGCCACAUCUGUGAUGUCCCGGAGUUGUUAAAUGUUUUUUUUUGUUAUUGUUGUAAUAAGACACGUUAACACAAGUAAUAAGAACGAAAUUGUAUUUCUUUGAGUAACAGAUAAAAAUAAAGGCCUGUUUUUUCAUA